CAACCGCGGCGGCAGCGGUUUCCCGGGCAACCGAGGACCGACAACAAACGAGAUGUCACAAAGUUUAACAAGAGCGCGACAAGCGAUUGCCCGAAAAAAAGUGACCAGGUGUUACGGUGAAUUUGUGUUUAUUGAUUCUUGUUACUAUCGAGAUAAACAAGUUAAAGAGCUCCUUUAAAGACAUCAGGACGUCAUGAGCGAAGGGUGUGUGCGGGUGGCGGUCCGUAUCCGGCCUCUGCUCCCCAAAGAAGUCCUCCACGACCACAGGGUGUGUGUGCGUGUAGUGCCGGGGACCGGACAGGUGAUGGUGGGUGAGGACCGACUCUUCACCUUUGACAACGCGUUUGGACCAUCAGUCAGCCAGGAUGAGGUGUACGAGUCCUGCGUCCAAAGCCUGGUGGAGCGUUUGGUCGACGGUGAAAAUGCAACCGUUUUUUGUUACGGGCAGACCGGAUCAGGCAAGACGUACACACUGGGCAGAAGGAGCCGAGAUGAAGAGGGGGGAAUUAUUGACCACGCAGCCCAGGAUCUGUUCCUAUACCUGGCGGAGAAGAGGAAGGAAAGUGAUGUUGUGGAUGUCACAGUGAAGGUGUCCUACAUUGAGGUCUACAGGGAGGAACUAAGAGACCUAUUGCAGCUGCAGACCACCCACAAAGAGCUUCGUAUCAGGGAAGAUGAGAGGGGAAACACGGUGGUGGUGGGAGCCAAUGAGGUUGUUAUCACCUCAGCAGCGGAGCUGCUCAACAAUGUAGAGAUGGGAAAUAUUUUCCGGCACACCGGCACCACAGGAAUGAACGAGCGCUCUAGUCGCUCUCAUACCAUCCUCACCCUUCAGGUCAUGUUAUCCUGCCACAACAGCAAGAACUCUUCCUUUAAGUUUGUCCGCUCCUCUAAGCUCUGUCUGGUUGACCUGGCAGGCUUGGAACGUGCUGGAAAUACUGGGAACACCGGUACACAACUGAAAGAGUCUGCUCAUAUCAACACAGACUUGUUUGCGCUGCGCAACGUUAUUCGUGCACUUUCAGAGCUAAGUCGAAAUCAGCACACUAACAACUCCUGCAGUGCACACGUACCAUACCGUGAUGCCAAGAUAACUCGACUCCUUCGUGACUCAUUAGGAGGCAGCGCCCACACGCUAAUGGUGGCGUGUGUAAGCCCCUCCGACCACUUUGUAGCUGACACUCUGAGCGUCCUGCAGUUUGCAUCCACGGCCCGAUCCGUUCAGAACCGUCCAGGAGAAACACCGGAUCAAACAGAGGUUAAAUCAUGCCCUUCUACAACCUGGCACCCCAGUGAUGCUCGACUAGGGGAGCUGGAGUAUGAAGUAGAGACACUGAGAGAGCUGUUGAAAGGGAAGGAGAGAGAGGUGGAAACAGAAAAAGCAAAGACUGGUCAGAGAUAUGAAGAGGGAAGUGACAUCAAUGCAUACUGUCAGACCGAAGUAUCUGAACCAGAUAGGACAGCAAGCCGAGAGGAAACGUCACAGUACCGUCUGUUGGCAGAGGAAGCUGCUGCUCUGCUUGAGAAUAUCUCUGGCCCCUCUCCAAGUCCUUCUUUCAGGGAGCGGCUGGAGGAUUGGCAAGAGAGACUCAGAGCUGUCAGUUACUCACCUCCAACUCGUAUGGAGUGUUCAAAGGAGGAGGGAGACCAUUUUGCUCCAUUAAACCUCAGAGAAGAGCUUAAAAAAUGCCAGGAAGCUCUCCACAUAGACGAGCAACUGUUGGAGCAGAAAGAUGCAGAACUGAGACGGGUAAAGGAGGAACUCGAGAAACUCCUUCAAGAGAGGAAAACUCACCUUAUGUCGUUAGAGGAAGAAAAGCAGCGAUUACGUAUACAGACAGAACAACUGGUGAACCAGCAGAUAAUGAUUGAUCGCCUUCGUGGCGAACUCAUGACCUUUCGGGGGACAGCCUCAGGGGCAACAGUGGAAGUGGGGGGGUCUGAGUACAAGAGACCCCACAGUGUCCCUCUGAUCACACACAGCUGCAUGUGGAGGCCUCCCAGGAAGAUUCACUCCAGUCCACCAGCCUAUACGCUGGAGAGGGUAAUGGCAGCUUUUAAGAUGCAUGGCCAACUCUUGCUGGCUGAAAUCAAGGAAAAAGAGGACGUGUACUGCCCGCUCUUAAAACAGCAGGCAGAGAGCAAAGAUGGCAGACCAGAGAUGGAGGAAGAGGAUGAGAAUGACACAUCUAUGCGCAGACCGAGAUUUAGGCGCUUUUUAAACCAAACAUGGACCAAUCAGCAGAAAAAAUCAGCUCUGGAAGAGAAAAACGCAGAAGAAAAUCACACAUGUGGUGGAAAACCAGGACUACAGCAGCCUCAGAGAGCCACAGCCAUCAAGGAAAACCAGCUCAAGCAAAGAUCUACGAGGAAAGCAAGAAUAAGAGCAAGCGCUACUGAGAGAAGGAUCCGAGAUCUGUCAAUCAACAUGCGCAUGAAGGAGGAGCUCAUCAAAGAGCUUGAGCAAACUGACAAGGAAACUCAGUCUUUGGAAACACGUGACAGGCAAACUGAGGACGGCAGAAAAGCCGGCGUUUUUGCAAGACUUUCCCUGCAGAGACGGGAGUUGCGAGUGGAGAUGUAUCACAGCCUGCAGCACAUGAGAGCGCAGAGAGCACAGCUUCAGAGCAGCCUGAGAGAGACCAGUGAGAAUAACAAAGAAGUCCAACAAAAUGAAAAUGAGGAGCAAAGUGCUGGAGUUUCAACUGUAUAUAAACUGUAUAAGUUAGAGGACACAAAUGAACAGCUGUGUUGUAGUAGUUGGCUGGAGGAGGAAGAGGAGCAUGUUCUUCAGAAGAGAGCAGAGCUGAAUGAGCUGGAGGAGGAGCUGAAGAGGAGAAAGGAGGUUCUUAUUCACAGGGAGGCGUGUGUGCGACAGAAAAGCAAAUUAGAGACCAAGAAGCUGUGCUCCAGUCAGGCUCUGAGUCAGGACCUGCUGCACGUGUCGAUGCAGUUGGAGUCGCUGGAGAAGCAGCUACAGAGGAGGAAGGCAGGAGUUACCAUGAAGGAACUGGAGAAAGAGAGAGACUUGCUUAAAGAGAGAAGAGACGCUCUGGACGCCCAGCUGAAUGACAACCAAGUGCUCACUGUGGAGGAGACGCAUUCCCUUCUCCAGGUGGAAGAAGCUAUCGAAGCUCUGGAUGCAGCACUUGAGUUUAAAAACCGCUCGAUCCAGGACAAACAGAAGAAGCUGUCGGCCACAAACUUUUCUUUGCAUCAGUCACAAAACGCUGAACCCGCCCAACUCUGUGAUGUCGCCAGAAAACUUAUGGGCCUGUCGCUGCCUGAGGCACUGGAGCUGCUUGUGAAAUAUUUCAACAAGGUUGUUUGUCUUCGAGAGACAGAGCGCCAUCUACAUUUGCACUGUGAAGAGCUGGAACUUCAGGCAGAAGAGCAAAAGAUGUUGUUGAGAGAGAUGGAGGCUGCUAUGCAGCGUCUGGCCUUGGAUACAGAUCGCAGGCUCACCCAGCAACACAGAGAUCACCAGUACAACAUCCAGCUGCUGCUGCAGAAACUUAAAGAGGGUGCUCCAGGAGAGGCAGAACAGGCAACACAAGACAGACUGCAGCAUCUGGAGAAAGAGCUUUACUUCUACAAAAGCACCAGCCGGCAGCUCAAAAAGAAACUCAGAGUGAUCCUCAGCGAUUCAUUGCAGCAUAAUGAUCAGCCUUCUUGCCCACAGGAGCACAAACCUAUGCAAAAGAUGCAGAUUUCUUCAAAUGAAGCCCAAACUCAUCCUGAGGAGGUUCAAACACGGACGCAUAUUGUAACAACAUACAAAAAAAUACAUGCAGAGAAAAUGGACAAAAAGAUACACAAUGAUUUCUGUAUGAACAGAAAUGAAAACCAAACCAAGUGCCCUUCUUCUUCUUCUAACAGCCAAACCCUCAAAAAGACAAAAAUGCCAGAAUACACCCAAAUGCACACACCGUCCCUGGGGAGGAGAGUAGGAGAUGAGUCUAGGGAAGGUUUGGAGAUGACACCAGUCCGUUUGUGUCGCAGGGAUCUGAAGCAAAUCACUCCAGCUGACCUGCAGCUCUCUGGUUCUACCACUGGGAGGCGACCGUCUGCUGUGGGUAUGAGCACUGAGUCAAUCCUGGAGGACUCUAUAGAAGUCCUCAGAAACACUGACAGCACCAUCAUAAAAAAUAAGAACUGCAAACUGUUGACCUGGAGAGAUGAUGCAGUAAAAUCUCAUUACUCUUUGCUCAGUCCUUUUAUUUGUCUUCCAGUGUGGUUAGAAAUUUUAUCCUACACGUUUUUGUUCUUCCCACAUAUUUUUUGGGGCGGUUCUAAACCUUUCAAGUUUUCAAAUGUCUUAAAUCAUAAAUGUGCCAUAAAUAUGUUGGCUCUUUUCUUGUAUUUCUAUAUAUCAUCUUAUACUUAUCAUUAUCCAUAUCCACUACAUUGAUGCAAAGUCAGUCAGCAAGCUGGAACAUUCUCGUAAAACGUAGACAGUUUUCAUUAAUUAGUUAAAGCAAUUUUGUUUAUGGAGCACUAUCUUUAAUCCUUCAUUGUGAAUGCUUAAGGUUUAAUAUGCUGCACUGUUGCAGGAUUAUAAAGCUUUUUGAUGACAAGUUUGUGUGCACUUUAUGUAUGUAGUUUUAUGUUGAUUGCUGUGUAAAUUAUUUUUUUUUUUAUAUUGGUUUACUCUUUUCACAAUCUAAUUUAUUAAACACACUAAAAUGCUCACCUCACUGUAUUGUCUUGAUUAUCUGGGCUUAUUCAAACCUAAUUUUGGUGUGAGGGUGCUGUGAUCUUUCUCUUCUUGUACAUUUUAUACACUAGUAAUUAAAAAAAACUUGCAAAUGCGGUCACUAUUUUUUAACAUGCAAUAAAACC